CCUCAUAAUCAGCUUCGUUGUCCUGUCCCGUAAGAGCCCAGAAUUUAUUCGAAAUAAUUUUACCUUGAGCGGCGUUCUCUGCUCCAGGGGGCGACGGUGGCCACAUUCUAACCUGGGUACCCGAGCACUAUUAUGAAGCACCACGGGGCCUGUGCUACGCCUGGCCACCCAGAGACUGCACCAGAGAAGAGGAGGAGCGCAGUCCGAAGUUUCUCGUGGAGUACGCGCAAUCGCAGGCCAAAGUAUACACCAACGACACAGUGGCGGUGAUGGCUGGAUGUGACAUGUGCUACAGCCAUGCUGAAGGACAAUUCGCUAGGCUGGAUUACGUCAUGGAGAAGGCGAUUCCAAUAGCUGCAGAACAGAAUCCACCAGUCCACGUGGUCCACUCGACGCCGGCGUGCUACGUACAGGCACUUCAUGAGGCUUCGAAGACCUGGCCUCGCUUCUCGGACGAUUUGCUGCCGUACUCGGAUGAGCCGGGCCGUACGUGGACGGGAUUUUACACCACGCGGCCGAACCUUAAGAUGAUGAUACGAUACGCAAAUGGAUUCCUCCAAGCCUGCAAGCAGCUUUCUCUCUAUGGCCUACAGGACGCCUCCGAAAGAGCAAGGCAGUUAGGUGAAGCCGUGGCGACAGUGCAGCACCACGAUGGAGUCACGGGAACGUGCUCGUACGCAGCGGACCUUGACUACACCAACAGGAUGAACGCCGGCAUAGAGCAAUGUGAGGGGGUGAUCAGCGCAAGCCUGGCAUCGCUGCUGAACCUGGGUGCGUCCGAUGCCGGCGCUAACGAGCACCAGCUGCACUUCUGCCAUCGCUUAAACAUGAGCGAGUGUCAGCACACCGAAACACAGAGGGAGUUCACCGUCAUCGUCUACAACCCCGCCAGCGUGGUGGUGUCGCCAUACGUGCGACUGCCACUAGGGACCAGCGACCGGUCCGGCAUAACCGUGUCUGGGCCCGACGGUGCGAGAACCGAUUCCCAGGUCUUGCCGCUUGCCUCGCACGGCCAUGGGAUCCCGGAGAGUAAGAGCCAAGCCAGAACGUCGCUGGUGUUCCGGGCAAACGUCGAACCCCUGGGUGCCAGCCUCUACAGCGUUCAGUACGAAGCACCGGUCGAAACGCCGACAUCCGAGUCGUACUUCCUCAAGCCCGACGUCCAGAGCAGCUUCAUCGAAAACGAACGCUACCGAGUCGAGUUGAACCCACAGACGGGUCUCGUCUCUGCCGUCGUGUUGAAAGGGCCAGGUUCGGCGGUGCACCUCCGGCAGGCAUUCGCCGCCUACCUGACGGAUCCAGAAGGACUGGCGGGCAAGGGGCACCGUCCUGGCCACUACACGUUCAGCGGAUACAGCGACGCUCGGGAGAUCGGAACUCCCAAAAUUAGUGUUGUGAAGGGACACUUGGUGCAAGAAAUCCACCAGAGCUUCACUGGUUACAUCUCACAAGUGAUAACCCUGCAUAAAGACAGCCCAUUCAUCGAGUUCACCUGGACCGUGGGACCCUUGACGCAGCUAAUGCGGGACAUGGGACGCGACAAGGUUACGGGCUGCGAUGUCAUCAGCAAGUUCGAGAGUGACCUGCAGAGCGAUGGCUUCUACACGGAUAACAAUGGCUGGAGGAACAUGCACAGGACGCUGACAUUUCAAGAUGGCAACCUGCCCAUCCCGGGUAACUACCACCCAGUCGUAUCAUGGAUCUACAUUGAGGACCGAGCGAAGGACCUGCAGAUGAUGAUCCUUCCCGACAGAACCCAGGGGGGAACCAGCAUGAGGCACGGCCACUUGGAACUGAUGCAGCAGCAGCAGCCUAAAAGCGUCACGAUUCACGUUUGCCGAAAAGUAACCCCUGCAGCGAAGUAG